CACUAAAAAAUCAUGAAUGCCGCCUGUCUACCAGAUAUUCCUUGAUCUCAGGGACUACCAGUACUCGUAAUAUGCGACUACUAUUGUUUGUGUCGACGUUUUGAGACGAAGAGGAUCUUGUCUUGUAUGCUGGGCUGUAUUAGACCUCCUCCUUCUUGUUCAUCAUUUGCACCCCUUGGUCUAGUAGUAAGCCGUAUCCCCGGCUUCUACACGUGGCAGUUGUCGGGGCACUUGUACCCUGAUUCCGUCUCGCAAAGGUGGUAGUACGGCCGGGAUACAAGCGAAUCUGGCGCAAAGUACUAAUAUAUCAUCUUAAAGCAUACUGUUAGCACCGCGAUUGAACAGUAAUCGAUGGUGGUGGUACCAUCCAAACACACACAAUGCGUAGUAGGCCUCGAAAUAGAUUCGUUCUCCAAUGGGCAUCGUUGCCCACCUGCGGAAGCUACUGCCAAUCUUACUCUCGGAUUGGGAUUUGGGGGCCUAUUCCGUGAUUAUCCAAAUCGCAAAGAGAAGCAAACGCCUUCCUUCUACAGUACUUCUAAUGGCUGUCGGAUUCGCGUUGCGAUUCUCGGAAAAACUUCUAGAAGCAUAUUUUUUUAAAAAAAGAUCAUUAGCCGUUUUGCCUAUUCGUCUUA